UAGCAUGCCCUACGCGUAUGUUAACAUAGUGUAGCUGUACUGGAAUUCGUUUUGUUCAGGUCACGUUCUGCUAGAGGCAAGCAAGUUAUUACCCCCUCAUUUGCAUAAUCUAUGGGUUUUAUUAGAACGCGUGCGGAAUGGUGGCACCGUGAACCAUGGGGAAUGUCUAUUGUUCCGGGAACAUCGAUGCCUACCGGGGCCCCCAGUGGAGGCAUUUCGGAUCCAGUACCCCCUCUUAGCUCACCAGUGCAGUAGUUAAUACAUUAGACGCUAUUCAAACGUUCAGGUGUAACAACAACAACAUGAUUCGUAACGGCCACGUCCAGCAAGGACCGGGGCACGCUAAGCUUGUCUGCGGGAUCUGCAUGCUAUUUUUAGGCAUGUUUUUAGGGUUGGUCGGCGUGCUCCAAACGAGCCUUGGGUACGGUACCAAUCUGAAAGUGGCCUUUCGACAUGUGGGGCCCAGUCUUUUGGUGUUGGGAGUCCUGUUGGUCAUCUGUGCCAUCGGAUGCUGCGUGAGCGCUCGGAGGGAGGCCCGGGAGGCCCACGAGCACCAGCAGAGGGAGUGGGAGUCCAUCGCAGACAUGACCAUGAUCAGUUUCACCCUGGCUCCAGACGGCACCAUCCAACCCAGCAUCCAUGUAGGUCCCAACCCUCCGGACACCUCACUCCCACCGUACAGCUCCAACAACGUCAGGCCCACGGCACAGUACGGGUGUACGCUCCCCAGCCCUGGGGAAUCACUCCCCCCACCCCCACCCUACACCUCUCAGGAGCACCUUCUCACAGAGGAAGGGGGCAGGCAAGAUGACAGGGCUCGUCAGAUCAAGAGGUCUGCCAGCAGUCUCUCCGCAGCUCAAGACAGAACCGGUGGGGACAGAGCCCCCCUCCCCACAACCGGCACCCCUCAGGCCCCCCCUCCACCUUAUCAACAGACAGAGAAACCACCAACAAGCACAGCAAACUGAACAGCUAUUUAGUCCUCCAGUUUACAAUGAAAAGUCUUCUGUAAAUAGUUUCAUCAGGUUGGUAGAUCAAUCGAACAAUGUCUUCUUCGUUUCACAACAUUCUUUUAAUUCU